CUCUAUCUCUCUCUCUGUCUCUCUCUCCUUGCUUACUUAUUAAGGAGAGCUCUCUACAGACAAUACCAUGAUGAAGAUGAUCAGUACUAGUAGUUUUAAUCUUUAACCAACAAAGCCUGAAUUACACCAAAAGCUGAAAAAACCGAAUAUAUAUAUAUAUAGCUUUUUCUCCCAUCUCCAAUCUACCCCUAUCAGUUUCUUAUGCUUUAAAGCAUCAUAAAAACCCAUUAAUUACUUCUUCUUCCUCUUCUUCUUCUUCUUCUUCUUCUUCUUGUGGAAUUUGAGUGAUUGGUCCAUGUUAGCGAAUACCUCUUCCUUAUCAUCACUUCCUGCACCAUUUUCAGCUGAAAAUGGUGCAGGAACCAACAACAAUAAGAGAAAACGAAGACCCGCGGGAACUCCAGAUCCGGAUGCGGAGGUGGUUUCUCUGUCACCAAAAACUCUUAUGGAAUCGGAUCGUUAUGUGUGUGAGAUCUGCAACCAAGGUUUCCAGAGAGACCAGAACCUACAGAUGCACCGGCGGCGACACAAGGUCCCUUGGAAGCUACUAAAGAGGGAGACGCCGGUGGCUAGGAAGCGCGUGUUCGUCUGCCCCGAGCCAAGUUGCUUGCACCACCACCCCUGCCACGCCCUGGGUGAUCUGGUUGGGAUCAAGAAGCAUUUCAGAAGAAAACACAGUAAUCACAAACAAUGGGUUUGCGAGAAAUGCUCCAAAGGCUAUGCUGUCCAGUCUGAUUACAAGGCUCAUCUCAAGACUUGUGGGACUAGAGGCCAUUCUUGCGAUUGUGGCCGCGUUUUUUCCAGGGUUGAAAGUUUCAUUGAGCACCAAGAUGCUUGUAAUAUGGGGGGUCUCAAUUCUGAAUCACAGUCACUACAACCUGCAUGCCUGUCUCGAAGCGCUUCGAGCCCAAGCCCUUCAAGUGAUCAGACCAAUAUCGGCGAUAAUCUUCCUUGGUCUGGAAUCAUAAUGCCAAGACCAACAUUGGACACAAUGUUCUUGGGCAGCCCUACUAAAGCAAAAUAUCAUCACAACUUGGAGCUCCAGUUACAGCUCUCAAUUGGUUCAUCCGAUCUAAGCGACAAAAUGGAGUCCGACGCAAGAAAAAACUCCCCUACUAGGGAUGUCAAUGGAGCGGAGAUGGCGUCGAGGGUAAAGGACCAAGCACGCGAGCACUUAAGGUUGGCGAUGGCGGAGAAGAUGUACGCUGAAGAGGCGAGGAAGCAAGCGAAGAAGCAGAUUGAAUUCGCAGAACAAGAAUUUGCAAGUGCGAAGCAGAUUAGGCUACAAGCUCAAGCUGAAUUGGACAAGGCAUUGGGUUUGAAAGGUCAUGCAAUGAAGCAAAUAAAUUCAACCAUUCUUCAAAUCACUUGUCAUGCUUGCAAGCAACAGUUUCAAGCCAGAAGUAGUGCUACUACUAGGCCUCCUGAUGAGAACUCUUUUGUGUUGAGUCACAUGUCAUCUUUAGGUGAAGUAGAGAAAAUAUUUUCUCAAGUUGAUUAAUUAGUUGAGUGUUGUAUCCUUCAACAUGUGUGAUGUUAAUUGUAAUUUGUUGAUUAAUUAUUCAAUAAAUGAAAAUUGCAAGUAUCUUGA